ACUCAGGAAAGCACCAUGGGGGAUUUGCAGGAGGAUUACGAAGACGUGAUGGACGAGAUCCUGGAGCAAGAGCAAUUUGAAGACCCAAGUGUCCCUGUGCCCCAGAUGGAGGAACCAGAAGCUUACCUCACAGAGCCAACAACCACAGAACAUCACACCACAUUGCACCGAGGCACCCACCAGGUCUACGUGGAGCUCCAGGAAUUGGUGAUGGGUGAGAAGAACCAGGAGCUGCAAUGGAUGGAGGCAGCACACUGGAUGCAAUUGGAAGAGAACCUGGGGGAGGAUGGGACCUGGGGCCGCCCACACCUGUCUUAUCUCACUUUCUGGAGCCUCCUGGAACUGCAGAGAGCCUUCAGCAAGGGCACCAUCCUUCUGGACCUGCAGGAGACCUCAAUGGCCGGAGUGGCCAGCCAGCUGCUGGACAGGUUUAUCUACGAGGAGCAGAUCCGGCCUCAGGACCAAGAGGAGCUGCUUCGGGCCCUGCUGGUCAAACACAGCCAUGCCGGAGACUUGGAGGCCCUGGGAGGUGUGAAGCCCACAGUCUUGACACGCUCUGGGGACCCCUCACAGCCUCUGCUCCCCCAACACCCCUCAGUGGAGACACAAGUCUUCUGUGAGCAGGGAGAAGGGGACACAGCAGGGCGAUCUCCAUCUAGAAUUCUGGAAAAGAUCCCCCCAGAUUCAGAGGCCACCUUGGUGUUAGUGGGCCGUGCAGCCUUCCUAGAGCGGCCAGUGCUGGGCUUUGUGCGGCUGCAGGAGGCCGUGGAGCUGGAGGCUGUGGAGCUGCCAGUGCCUGUACGCUUCCUCUUCGUGUUGCUGGGCCCCGAGGACCCCCACACUGACUACACCCAGCUUGGCCGGGCUGCUGCCACCCUCAUGUCAGAGAAGGUGUUCCGCUUAGAUGCAUACCUGGCCCAGAGCCGAGGAGAGCUGGUGCGCUCCCUGGAAGGCUUUCUGGACUGUAGCCUGGUGCUGCCCCCCAUGGACGACCCCUCUGAGAAGGCCCUGCUCAACCUUGUGCCUGUGCAGAAGGUGCUGCUGAGGAGGCGCUACCUACCCAGCUCCACCAAGCCAGACCCCAGCUUCUACAAGAGCCUAGACCUGAAUGGGGGCCUAGAGGGACCUGAUGGCCCAGAUGACCCUCUGCAGCGGACAGGCCAGCUUUUUGGGGGCUUGGUGCGGGACAUCCGGCGCCGCUACCCCCGCUACCUGAGUGACUUUGUGGACGCACUCAGCCCCCAGGUCCUGGCUGCCGUCAUCUUCAUCUACUUUGCCGCCCUGUCGCCGGCCAUCACCUUCGGUGGCCUCCUGGGAGACAAGACCUGGAACCACAUGGGGGUGUCAGAGCUGCUCAUCUCCACUGCAGUGCAGGGCAUUCUCUUCUCCCUGCUCGGGGCUCAGCCACUGCUUGUGGUUGGAUUCUCAGGACCCCUGCUUGUGUUCGAGGAAGCCUUCUUUAAGUUCUGCAAUGAUAAUGGCCUGGAGUACAUUGUGGGCAGAGUAUGGAUCGGCUUCUGGCUCAUCUUCCUGGUGGUAUUGGUGGUGGCCUUCGAAGGCAGCUUCCUGGUCCGCUUCAUCUCACGAUACACCCAGGAGAUCUUCUCCUUCCUCAUUUCCCUUAUCUUCAUCUAUGAGACCUUUGACAAGUUGAUCAAGAUAUUCAAGGAAAACCCACUGCAGAAGCACUACAACCACAGUGUGAAAAUGGACCCCAAACCCCAGGCCCCACUGCCCAACACAGCCCUCCUCUCCCUGGUGCUUAUGGCUGGCACCUUUUUCUUUGCCAUGGUGCUGCGCAAGUUCAAGAACAGCUCCUACUUCCCUGGAAAGCUGCGCAGGGUCAUCGGAGACUUUGGGGUUCCAAUCUCCAUCUUGAUCAUGGUCUUGGUGGAUUUCUUCAUCCGGGACACCUACACCCAGAAACUCAAAGUGCCCAAAGGCCUCAUGGUGUCCAACUCUACAGCUCGGGGCUGGAUCAUCCACCCGCUGGGCUUAUAUUCCCCCUUCCCCAUCUGGAUGAUGUUUGCCUCUGUCCUGCCUGCCCUGUUGGUCUUCAUCCUCAUCUUCCUUGAGUCUCAGAUAACCACGCUGAUUAUCAGCAAGCCAGACCGCAAGAUGAUCAAGGGCUCUGGCUUCCACCUGGACCUGCUGCUGGUUGUGGGCAUGGGCGGGUUGGCCACCCUCUUUGGGAUGCCCUGGCUCAGCGCCACCACCGUGCGUUCUGUCACCCAUGCCAAUGCCCUCACUGUCAUGGGCAAGGCCAGCACCCCUGGGGCCGCAGCGCAGGUCCAGGAGGUCAAGGAGCAGCGGAUCAGUGGGCUCUUGGUUGCUGUGCUUGUGGGCCUUUCCAUCCUCAUGGAGCCCAUCCUGUCCCACAUCCCCCUGGCCGUGCUGUUUGGCAUCUUCCUCUACAUGGGAGUCACAUCCCUCAGCGGUAUCCAGCUCUUCGACCGCAUCUUGCUCCUGUUCAAGCCACCCAAGUACCACCCAGAUGUGCCCUACGUCAAGCGGGUGAAGACCUGGCGCAUGCACCUGUUCACGGGUAUCCAGAUCCUCUGCCUGGUAGGGCUGUGGGCGGUAAAGGUCACAAAAGCCUCACUGGCCCUGCCCUUUAUCCUCAUCCUCACUGUGCCCUUGCGUCACUUUCUGCUGCCACUCUUCUUCCGGAACCUGGAGCUCCAGUGUCUGGAUGCCGAUGAUGAAAAGCCAACCUUUGAUGAGGAGGAAAGUCGAGACGAGUACGAUGAGGUGCCCAUGCCUGUGUGAGGGGUGGACGCAGGCUCCAGCACCCCCUCUGCCAUCCCACUCCCUUUACCCCAGGAUAAGCAGAAGUUCAUGGGCAUCUUAU